GGCACGGCAGUCACCUCGGCUGCAUGCAGCUGCCUCGUCAGCCACCUCGUUCAGGGCACCUCGUCGCCAAUUCUCCGUUUCUCUCGCUCGCUCAGCCAUCGAAUUGUGACUUUGUGGCGCAUUGGAGCUCCAGACGUCGAAUCUACGAACGACCACACCUGCCGUCUCCUGCACUACUAACAACGCUGCUGCUAAGCUGCUUACUUUGAGUCGUGAUUAAUGGCGUAAGGCACUACAACUACAGUACAAGGACGAUGCAACGCCCCGUGGGGCUUUCUCGCUCUCCCGCGAGCAACGACGACCACAUCCUGCCCGACGAGGCCUCUGAUGAGGAUCUCUCCGAGGCCCUCUCCGAGUUGUCCGAGUCGUCCAGCCCGCUGGCCCACGGGGACGCGGUGAUCCCCUUCACAGCCGCGUACCGCAUGCUCCCCUUCCGCGCGCCCGAGCGCAGGGUCUUCCUCCCCGGCGGAGUGCCCGUGCGGGCGCGCCUGGCGGCCGUGGAGCGCUUCACCUCCACCGCCAAGAUGCUGAACCCCAACGUCUACAACAUCAAUCUGGAGCACGGCGAGUUCCGCUGGAAGAUCAAGCGCCGCUUCAAGCAUUUCGUGAUGCUCCAUCAGGAGCUCCUCAGAUUCGACAUGCUCCUCAAGAUCCCGCUUCCCACCAAGACUCACGUAGAGCUCAGGAAGUCCGUCAAAGGGCAGCAGAAGCAGGUCCCCGCGUUGCCACGGCGACCUGGCUUCAUGGUAACGGAAGAGCGCAUCUCCACCGGCAAGGACUUCUUACAGGAAUUCCUCACCAGCCUACUCAAGCAGCCGAUCUACAUGAAUCAUCCAGCUACUAUGGAGUUCCUGGAAGUCAGCGAGCUCUCGUUCAUCCGCGACCUGGGCUCCAAGGGAGUGGAGGGGACCGUGGUGAAGCGCUCCGGGGGCCACCGCAUCCCGGGCCUCCACUGCUGCGGCUACCACAAGGCGUGCUACCGCUGGGCCAGGCGAUGGCUGGUAGUGAAGGACUCGUUCGUGCUGUACCAGCGGCCCGAGGACGGCAGCGUGGCGUCCGUGCUGCUGUACGACCGCGGCUUCUGCGUGAAGUUGGCCGCCGCAGCCGCCCGCGUGGACGUGCGCCACGGCCUCGUGCUGAAGAACCUUUCCAGGUCCCUGACCGUGCAAUUCCCCACGUUCAGGCAGGCCAACUCGUGGGCUUGCUCCAUCGGGGAGUUUGCGUGGAAGCACGGCAAGGACUUCCUCUCCGACAACCGCUUUGACUCCUUCACCCCGGUCCGCGAGGGAACCCUUGCCAACUGGUUCGUGAACGCCGCCGGGUAUUUUGACGCCGUGGCAGUUGCGUUGGAGGCAGCGACGGAAGAAAUCUUCAUCUGCGACUGGUGGCUAAGCCCGGAGAUUUUCCUGCGGAGGCCGAUUGUGGAUGGGAACACGUGGCGCCUGGACUGCAUUCUCAAGCGCAAGGCGGAGCAGGGAGUGCGAAUCUUCGUGCUUCUCUACAAGGAAGUGGAACUCGCUCUGGGCAUUAAUAGUGGCUACACCAAGAAAACGCUCAUGGAUCUCCACCCCAACAUCAAGGUGAUGAGGCACCCGGACCACAUGUCGUCCACGGUGCUGUUCUGGGCGCACCACGAGAAGCUGGUGGUGGUGGACCAGUCGCUGGCGCUGCUGGGCGGCAUCGACCUGGCGUACGGGCGCUGGGACGACGAGCGGCACCGUCUCACGGACGUGGGCGACGUGCGCCGGACACCCCAACGCAGCCCCUCGCUCUCGCGUCGCGAGUCGUCGUCAAAGGUGACGACGCAGGUGGAGCGGCGCAAGGAGGUGGAGCGGCGCGAGGAGGUGGAGCUGCACGAGGAGGUGGAGCUGCACGAGGCGUGCGUGCUGGCGAGCUCUCUGGAGGGCGCGCUCCGCAUCGUUCCGUCGCCUCCACCGUCGUCGUUGACGAUCACGACACCAGCGGCGACGUCAUUGUCACGGGAGCGUUCCAAGAGCAGCGCAGGGUCCGGCAGGCACCUGGGGCCCCUGCCGCUCGUGCUCUCGGGCCACCGCGUCCGAGAGCGCAGCGGCAACCGUGGCGCAGACGACGGCGUCGACUCGCGCUCGGUGUGUGGUGAAGAACGUUUCUGGCACGGGAAAGACUACUGCAACUUCAUACUCAAGGACUGGGUGCAGCUUGACAAGCCUUUUGCCGACUUCAUCGACCGCUACAAGACGCCGCGCAUGCCGUGGCACGACACCGGCGUCGCGGUGCAUGGAGCGGCGGCGCGGGACGUCGCCAGGCACUUCAUCCAGCGCUGGAACUUCACCAAGAUCGUGAAGAAGAAGUCGAAAAGGAACUCCUUCCCUUUCCUGCUGCCAAAAUCCCACCGCACGUCACAGCAGCUCCACUACUCCCUGCCUGGUUCCGUGGCCACCAACGUGCAGGUGCUGCGCUCUGUGAGCCACUGGUCAGCGGGGGUCACAUGUCACGAGGAGUCCAUCCACCUGGCGUACUUAUCGGCCAUCCGCAGCAGCAAGCACUACAUCUACAUAGAGAAUCAGUUCUUCAUCAGCUGUGCCGACAACAAGACGGUUUUUAACAAGGUGGGAGAUGCCCUCGUGGACAGGAUCUUGCAGGCCUACAGGGAGAAUCGGACGUUCCGGGUGUACGUGGUGCUGCCCCUCAUACCGGGCUUCGAGGGCGACAUCACCACGGGGGGCGGGAAUGCCAUCCAGGCCGUCAUGCACCUCAAUUACAGGACCAUGUGUCGUGGAGAGUACUCCAUCAUCGAAAGGCUCAAGGCAGAGAUGAGCGACCGCUGGAUGCACUUUGUGUCGUUCUGCGGUCUGCGCACGCACGCCAACCUGGACGGCCGCCUCGUCACGGAGCUUGUCUACGUGCACAGCAAGCUGCUCAUCGCCGAUGACACCACCGUCAUCAUCGGCUCUGCCAACAUCAAUGACCGCAGCCUGCUGGGCCGCAGGGACAGCGAGAUAGCAGUGAUGGUGGAGGACAGCGAGAUGGUGCCGUCCACCAUGGACGGGCGGCCCUACCAAGCCGGCCGCUUUGCCUUGCACCUGCGCACGCACUGCUUCCGCAUGGUACUGGGCCUGUUGGACGAUGCCACAGUUGACGUUAGUGACCCCGUGCACGACCGCUUCUACAAGGAGGUGUGGGUGACCACAGCGGCACGCAACGCCAUGGUCUACGACAAGGUGUUCCGCUGCCUCCCGACAGACGAGGUGCGCAACUACGGAGAGCUGCGCGAGUGGCAGGCAAGCCCAGGCCUGGCGUCCGCCGAGCCAGGCCUCGCCGCGGAAGAGUUGCGGAAAGUUCGUGGCUUCCUCGUGCAGUUCCCGCUCUGCUUCCUGGCCGACGAGAAUCUCUACCCCUCGCUCAACUCCAAGGAGGGCAUGCUGCCCAGCGAGCUGUGGACUUGAGCGAGAUCCGAUUAGCGAGGUUGGCUUCGUCCGGUGCGAAAGAAGUUCAACAUACAUAAGUGCACAUCAGUAGCGGUAACUAGUGUAGUGGCACGGGGUACCUUGGCCGCUCCAGUGGUGGCCAAAGCAAUGAGUUGGGCCCCAUUGACAACCACCAUGAGAUAUAUUUUCAACAACAAUGUAAAAGAACACAUUUGAAACGCAGUUUCAAUUAUUUUUUAUGAAAAUGCUUUAAUUUACAUUUGGCUUGUGUAAAUUUGGGCAAAUCAAAUAUUGAGACCCCACCUGACCGAUUUUCGCACCCCCCCUAAGCUGAUAAUGUUGUUACGCCAUUGAUACCAAUACAUACGUCGCUCACUACAGUCUCGUAGAUUCACCUUGUUUUAAAGAAAUGGGACUCGACACAAACUUUAUUUGAGUCUGUCUCAACAAGUCUAUGCAUUUCUCAAUGCUUGAAUUGUCACCUCCAAACAAUCCACCGCGAGAUGAAGACCGGUAUGUCAUCUCUGAUUUGCAUGUUUCCUGAUCCACGGGCUCUCUUUGUCUCCGCGUAAUUCUGAGCAUCCCAUUCAUCUCUCCAUGUUCUGGUGCACACUUUUUAGCAUUUGCUGAUGAACACUGUACCGUCUCUACAUUGUGAUAUCACCGUGUGCAUGUUGCGUGGUGCUUGUUGUAACGCAGCGGCUCUCAACCAUAAACAUUAUUUGAGUAGAGUGUGUGUGGCACUCGCAACAGGCCACAGAUAUGUUCUGGGUCAGGAGUAGCCAAACCAUGGCUCUCGGGCAGUUAAGUGUGGAUUGAUAGAUAUGGAGUGAGUCCAACUGAGUCGCAGACGUUCAUCUUCAGAGGCAACACAUUUAUUACACAACACGUAUAUACAAAAGGGGUAGCUGCCCCUUUACCAGAUAGAGCCUAGGGUGGUGACCAAGUUAGGGCUACAAUGUACCGGACCCGGACUCGGGUCCCGGGCCACGUGUUGGUGCCUCUUCAGAUGUAAAACGUGGAUCUUCCAGCUUGCAGAACGUAGCAACCCUGGUCCCUCCCAGGGACCCACCUUAUAUCCUCUUGGGUCGGGGCCGGCUCUGCCCUUGGCCCCGCCCACCUUCGAGAGCGUUCCAGCUCUCGAUCCCUCUCGAGAGCUCCCCCGGACACGUGAUCACCCCCUAGCCCCCCCCCCCACUUGGGGGCCUCCCUUUGGACACUCCGGAUCACGUGCCAUGGCCUGGGGCAACCCUGUCCCUGGGCUGACACUCUCCCGCACUGCACGCUAUGCGUGGUGCCAUCACUAUCCCAGCGCUCACCAAGCCCCGCUAGGGCUGGUACUACACCAACCUACUGGGUGUACGCGAUGACAGUGCAUCGCACGCCGUGCUCUGCUAGAGCCGGCAUCACUGCAACACACACGAUGCUGUCCGCGAUGUAACUACGGUACAUCCCACACCAUGGCCCUCUAGGGCGGGCACCAUACAGUGACAUCCCAAUGUCACUACAUUACCCCCCCCCCCUCCUUCGUAGCACUCAGCCGUCCAGGCUGUCAACUCCCCCUUCAAAACGACCAAGUUUGUAAAAGGCGAUAAAAACGCAAUGUGUGCCUCAACAACAAGAACAACAAUAAAUACCCCAACCCACCUGUACAAAAAUUACAGUAUCCACAAAUGUACAAAACCAACAGAGAGAAAAGUGUAUACCCAGACGAAACCACAACACCUCCCACCUUCACCGUGUCACGACGCUCGUGAGCUCAACAGCGGCCAGGAUCAGCCAAUAACCGCCACGACUCAACGAGCGCGACAAGCAACUGACAGUGUGGGAGCGUGUGUGCACGGGGAUCACGGAAACGAGUCUUUGAGCGAGUCUGUGAUGCCGGACCCCCAGGGGAGGUGGGCCCGCUCAUCCUGGAGGUCCCGGGGGGAAUGUGCAAUUGUUCCGUCAAAACCGGCUCCUCACGGAGACUAGUCGGCCGGGUCGACUGGUCCUCUGCGCCCGAAGCCUGCAAAGCCGGCAUCACUCUGUAACACGCGUUGCUGUCCGCGAUGCAAGUCCAUCGCGUGCCAUGGCCCUCUAGGGCCGGCACCAUACAGUGACAUCCCCAAUGUCACUACAGAUACGCAGCUUAUUAAUUAUUACUACCACCCUACCCGAGCCUCGACGUUUCUUUUUAGGAGGGUCAUGCCAGGUUUGUCACAGUCUGGGGCAAUGAAGCUAUGCUUAUUCCCAAUUGAGUAAGUUGCAGGUAAUUCCUCAGCAUUGGGAUGUUUGGCCAAUACGAGUUACAUUGUGUGGGUUUUUCAGCUAUGGGCAGAAAUCGGAAGACCCGGAAGAAACCCAUGCAGAAUAGGGGGAGAGAACAGAGAAACUCCGCAGAGAAAGAGCGAGUCGAACCUUCCGUGGAGAGGCUUACAGGUCAGCAGCAGCAUCGUAUAGACCACUCGAUAAUUGACGGGUAGGUCAUUACAUCAUAACAAAAUGUCGCUACAAUACGUGAGAUCUUUUUGUUACUUGAAGCCCUUCAAUGUGACCACGUCUCAAGAUGCGCUGGGCUUGAAUGUGGAAUAACGUGUAGCGAAAAGGAGCGAUUUUAAUCGCAUUGCGGUACAUUCUAUUACCAAGCGCACGUUGUGGUGAUGUGUGCGCAUUGUACGCCGCCACGUGGCGCAAGGCGGGAAUGGACCGUGCUGACAUGAGCGGAAUGCUAAUAAUUUGCUAUGAUGAAAUAAUUUCGGAGCAAAAAGUAGCUUCUUGAAUUCAAGUAUUGUAUGUAAAGUUGUUUAGAAUGUCAUAACAUCUCGGGUAUUCUUUAUUGUGAUACCAAUAAAAUAGUGGUUGCGUCCCAUAGCGUAGAUAUACACUGCCAUGACUCCCAUAAGCCUUUGCGCCGGUUUGUAAUAAUUGUUAUGCUCGGUUCUCGCACCAAAAAUAAUAUAUUUUAAGUAAUCUAUUAAUGAUAUUUACGAUAUUUAUAUACAUGGCAUAUGGUUAUGUUACAUGUGAGAUAGCUUUUUUGUGAUAAUCAUGGUUUCAACCCAUAGCGUAGAGGGAAGAUGUGUGGGUAUGUGUACCCCACCACCGACGGCUUUUAGUUAUCGCUUCUCGGCCUUUUGGCUAAGAUCAAGUGUAGUAUCUGUUCUUAUCAGUUUAAUAUCUGAUACGUACCACAUUGUGGUACCUUAUAUUAAAUUGAUUUUUGGGACAGGGAGAUGGAAUAGGGGCUUGCUCCGUCCACUCCGCGCAUCAACCCGGUAUUGCAGUAUCUCCGGGAAUGGUGCACCUCCCCGCUUGGGGAGGGAGAACGUUAACGAAUGACAGAAGCGGUAAGCUUUGUGUGUGAGCAUUCAGUUCGCGACUGGUGGCAAGUCACCACGACCGGUAUAACAUAUUGUUACCCGGUGUCUCGUCCGUGACCUCAUUCAAUAUUAGCGCGAACAUGAGGCGCAUUGCAUGUGGAGAGAGAACACACCUAGGAUGAGUGCACCACCCUGUCCUGUUUGUAUUGCACCUGGAUCACGUGUACCAUCUGUAACGCCGGUUUGGUCUUUCCUGUCUCACCUCAUGCGAUUGUCCUCCAACUCUUUCGGUUGUCAUGUGUGAUGCCGCAGCAGCGAAACCAUUCUGCCGGCGCCCCACCUACGACCCCACCACCACCAAGCGACGGGGCCGACGCUGCUCUUCCCUCACAACCCCCCGCAUGAACACACACCCCACAUAGGGCCCCGAGGGGAGGUCACCUGGCCGACAGAUUUUCACCCAGAAGCCCUCUCACGGGACUAAUCUUCACGGUUUCCUGCGGCCAGGGAAUUGGGCGAUCUCCCCCGAGGCGAACUCGCACCGUGGCGCUGUGACUUGGGUUGUAAUUACAUGGUCACGACGGGGCUGCCCAGCCACCGCGGGUAGAAAGCACACACACCACACACGGCUCGGCAGGCAGGUAGAGGGCGGAGCCACGAACGGCGGGAAAACAGGGCAGCCCCUCUGAUUGGUCAGGAGCUUAGCGGCAAACCUAGAUGCGGACGUCGCUGGAAGCAACGGUCGGUGGCGGGAAACCCAAGCGAAUUUGAUUGGCCGGGAAGGCCAGGCAGCCGUGUGCCAGCCCCGAGCCGUGCCCCACAAGCAGGACUCGCGGACUCGAGGCACUGCGGCGCGAGGAGAGGAGCCGGAGGGCGGCAGCCCUUCUCCCGCGAACGAGGAGUUCAGCAGCAGCGGUUCUCACACGAGUGCGGGAUCCGGAGACGGCGGCCACCCUUUGGCUGGCCCCCUGCCGGUGGAGGACCAGGGGGCCAGCGGCCUCAACAAGGACCCGUGAGCCAGCAGCCUCAACACAUGUCCCGUUGGCGCCAUUAGCCUGUGGGAUUUUUUAAAAUCAAAGAUUGGCAUACGAGAGAGUCCGUGAAUAUACACCUCUAGUUUAAUAUACAAAUAGCUACGCGUAUGUAGUAUAGCGCAAGGCCGUAAUUAUAAUAUAUAUUUGGGGGGACACAUCCCCCUCCCCCCCAGUAUUCAAAUAUGCGCAAAAUGUGCCCCCCAAUAUAUUGCUAUAAAAUAGAUUUCUGUUUAAAUGAUUCUGGUCAUGGUUGUACUCUAUUAAUCCCUCAUCUCUGCCAUUACAUACAAUGAAACAAGAACGUAAUGCAAUACACUAUUAGACAUUGUAGAAAAUAAAUACAAAUUCAAUCCUAUGUGUUAGUGAUUUUUUAAUAUUUUAGGCAGGAAAUUCGUUUUCAAAUUUCGAUUUUAUUUUUAUGGUGGGGAACCCCCAGACCCCCUGGAAGAUUUGGUCCCCCCAAUGUUGACUCCAUGGCUACGGCCUUGGUAUAGCGAAAAUAAAUCACAAUUACAUACGAUUUGCAUCUUCGAAGCUUUUAAGUGUGGCCGCAUCGCAAGAUGUUUUAUUUGACCGUAAAUCGGAUAAUUUAUGAAAAGAUCGAUGUGUAACUUAGUCCAGCACGUAUCACGCCCACGGGUGUGUACAGCAACGCCGCCACGUGGUGCAAGGCGGUACAGACUAAUGCCAAUGAGCGUUUGCGCGGGGUGUAAUAUAUUUUCGGUAUAAAAAUCAGAUGUCCGAAUUUAAAUGUAUAGUAUAAUGUAAAGCUGUAUAUAAUGUUUUAAAACCACAAUUAAGAUUGUGUUACAUGUAAUGUAUCCGUUUUGAAUUCAUCAUGAUAAGACCCAUAGAUUACUUUAGGCAAGUAAUUGCGCGGGAUUCUAUCAAUAUGCUGCACUGUACUUAUUAUCAAACACGUGUAGUGUAGGUAGGAUAAUUCAUGAAAAUAUAAAGCGCUGAGAUUAAUUAUUUUGAACAUGAGAAUCGAUGACAAACAUCAGUCUAUUCACACUCACGUGGGUAACACGCCACCAGGUGGCGCAAGGCGAUAUGGCCGUAAUGACAUAAUUCCCAUAGGCCAUUGCGCGGGAUUCUAUAACAACAACAUUCUUUUAUAUUUUUCAUGCAAACAAAUUUCCAGUCCCAAAAUUUUACAUCAAGUUAUUUACAAUGUUUAAUUGUUCCGCGUAUUGGCUGUAUUACAUGUGACGAUAGCUGUUUUCUGAUAAUCACGGUUUGACCCCAUAGCGUAGAGAAAGUGUGUGUGGGUAUAUGUACCCCACCACCGACAGCUUUUAGUUAUCGCUUCUCGGCCUUUUGGCUAAGAUCAAGUGUAGUAUCUGUUCUUAUCAGUUUAAUAUCUGAUACGUACCACAUUGUGGUACCUUAUAUUAAAUUGAUUUUUGGGACAGGGAGAUGGAAUAGGGGCUUGCUCCGUCCACUCCGCGCAUCAACCCGGUAUUGCAGUACCUCCGGGAAUGGUGCACCU